AUGACAGCGAAUCAUGUUCGCUUUUUGGCCAAGACCGUUCUUGUUAGAGAUAACAAAAUCGAACCUAGAAAAGAAAGAUAUGAAAAGCCAUUCCUCAAGCGAAAUCGACUUGCUUACGAGAGAUGUCGGAGAAUCUAUGACGCUGAAAUGCAGCGGAAGAUAGAAUUUGUCAUGAGAAAGAACAGACCAGACCCUUUCUUAAGAUAA